AUGUCUGAAAUAAAGGAAAAAAUCGAUUCAAUGGAAAGUGCAUUAGACACAAAUGACUUGUCAGAACUAUUUAGUGUCAAGUCUGUACCUAGAUACAUAAAUCUUCCACACAAAAUACCAUUGUUACCCAAAUUCAUUCCAGGAAAAUUUCAACAAAAAGAACUUAUUAAACUAUUUGGAGCCUUAUCACCAAGUUCUUUAACUUCAGAUAAACAUGGCUACAGCAUGAAGACAACACAGAAAUCACCAGAAGCUGGAUCCUCUACAGUCAAACAGCUGCUUGAUGAACCAAAGAUGGUCACCACCAUAAAAACUGGGUAUGGACAGCUUUACCAUGUGGCCUGUCUGAGUGACAAAGAAAUCUGGACGUCAAGUGGAGAUGGCAGUACCAUGAAACUCUUUAGCAUCAAUCAGGGAUCACUACUCAAGUCAAUCAAAACCAAAUCAGGGAACAUGCCAUGUGACAUAGCAGUGACAAAAAGUGGAGAUCUAUUAUAUACUGAUUAUGAUGAUAGAACUGUGAACUUUGUGAAGAAUGAGAAGAUAGAGGAGGUGAUCAGACUACAGAACUGGAAACCUCAAGAUGUCUGUAGUACCUCCUCUGGUGACCUCCUGGUUAUCAUGGACAAUGAUGAUUACAAACAAACAAAAAACAAGAACCUGGAUAUCUGUGUGUCUGACAAUGGAUCUAGAGCAGUAGUGGUGGUCAAUCAGGCCAGGAAACUGAGAUUCAGGUACAAUGGACAUACUCCAGCUCCAAAGUACCAACCAUUCAGUCCACAAGGAAUCACCACAGACAAAGAAACAAAAUCAAAUGCAGACAUACGCAGAAAGAAGUAUAAUGUUACAGAACUACAACAGCUAGAGAAAAGGAGAGCAUUCUUAUUGAAGCUGAAAAAUAUAUUCCAAGUACUAGCAAGAUUAGGAAAUGUUGGUGAUAUCUUGGAAAAUAUGAAAAAAGGUUACAGCGAAAAACAGCAGACUUAG